AUGUCGACUUCCGCCCCUCUUCAGAGAUGUGUGCGCCGCAGCGCAGUGUCGGCCAGGUCAGGCUUGACCGGACGCCUAUACAGGGCCUCGAGGUCCUCAAUCGCAGUAUCGCAAGAAUGGAGCAGACAUAAGGCUUUGACUGCGACAACUGGUCUCCGCCAUGUAACUAUCGCCCGGCCCUUUAGCACAUCUCGGCCAUUUCGUAUGGCAGAUGCCGAUGACAGCUUCGAUCCGAAAUCGGUUGACCGUGAAAGUGACGAGGUCGAUGUCUGUAUAGUUGGCGGUGGGCCCGCCGGACUGAGCGCAGCGAUUCGCCUCAAGCAACUAGCGAACGAAGCAGGCAACGAAGACUUCAGGGUACUCUUAUUAGAAAAGGCCGGAGAGCUAGGUGCACACAUCCUCUCUGGAGCUGUCAUCCAGCCUUCUGGUAUUCAAGAGCUACUUCCAGACUGGCUCGAUGAAGAUAACCCGAACCGCUUCGAACAUGCAACACCUGCUGGAGGCGACAAGAUGCGUUUCCUGACCAAAGGAAGCGCCAUUCCUCUACCCACGCCGCCUCAGAUGCAUAACGACGGCAACUACAUUCUCAGCUUGAACCAAUUCACUGCAUGGUUGGGUGAGAGGGCUGAAGAGGUCGGUGUCGAGGUCUACCCUGGCUUUGCUGCAUCCGAAGUCUUGUACGCAUCAGAUGGUGCAGUCAAGGGCGUAGCAACCAACGAUCUCGGCAUUGGGAGGGACGGGAAGCCAAAAGACGGCUUCGAAAGAGGCAUGGAGUUCCAUGCUAGAGUGACCAUGUUUGCCGAGGGUUGCCACGGCAGUCUGACUAAGCAAGUCAUCAACAAGUUCGAUCUCAGGAGGGACAGCCAACACCAAACGUACGCCCUGGGUGUCAAGGAGGUUUGGGAGAUUGAACCUGAAAAGUUCAAGAAGGGUGAGAUCAGCCAUUCUAUGGGCUACCCACUUCCUGCAGACACGUAUGGAGGCGGUUGGAUGUAUCACUUUGGUGACAACCUCGUGAGCAUUGGUCUCGUUGUUGCUCUGGACUACUCCAACCCUUGGCUUUCGCCAUAUGGUGAAUUCCAAAAGAUGAAGCAGCAUCCCAUGUACAAGAGUGUACUCGAAGGCGGCAAAUGCAUCUCUUACGGAGCCAGAGCAUUGACAGAGGGCGGCUUACAAUCCAUACCGAAAGUUGCCUUCCCUGGUGGCGCUUUGAUAGGAGACUCUGCUGGCUUCGUUAACGUCCCCAAAGUCAAGGGUACGCAUAACGCCAUGAAGUCUGGCAUGCUGGCAGCCGAGGCUGCAUGGGGUGCUCUGAAGGACGGCGACUCUAGCACGGUCUUCCUCUUCGACUACGAGGAUUCACUGCGCAAGUCCAGUAUUUGGAAAGAGCUCAAGGAGGUGCGAAACAUGCGCCCCUCAUUCCACGGCCCAUUGGGAUUGUACGGUGGUGUCAUGUAUUCCGGGCUUGAAGCUUUCCUCCUGAAGGGACGCGUACCUUGGACUUUGAAGCACAAAUCCACAGAUCAUGGCUCAACAAAGACUGCAGAUCAGUGCAAGAAGAUUGAAUAUCCCAAGCCGGAUGGAAAGAUUUCCUUCGACAUCCUUACGAGUGUGUCGCGGACAGGCACGAAUCACGAGGAGGACCAGCCAGUGCAUCUCCAAGUUGAAGACUGGGAUGCGCACACUGAAUCGACAUAUCCUGGAUACAAGGGCCUUGAGAACCGUUUCUGCCCGGCUGGUGUCUACGAAUAUGUCGAGGAUGAGUCCAAGCCCCACGGAGUAAGGUUCCAAAUCAAUUCUCAGAACUGCAUUCACUGUAAGACGUGCGAUAUCAAAGCCCCCAAGCAGGAUAUCAACUGGUCUGUUCCUCAGGGUGGAGAAGGACCAAAGUACUACAUGACCUAA